AUGAGUAGUUUAAAUUUAGACUUUUAUAUAAAUAAGCAUCGAAAAGCUUAUGAAGAAAGAUUAAAAAAAGAACAAAGUAAUCAGGAAAAUUUAAAGGAUACAGAAGCUAAAAAUGGUUUAACAACUGAAGAACCAAAACAGGUUGACAAAGUUACAGAGCCUGCAACGUUGGAUGAGACAAAGCAGGAGCAGCAAAAUGAUAAUCCCUCAAACCCAGACAACCAGCUCGAUCAAAUUGACGCGGACUAUUUGUAUGCCCUGAAAUUAGAUGAGGCAUUGAAUGGGGGGGGUGAAAGUUUGGUAAACCCACCAUCUGAUCAAACAAUAAACAAUAUAAAUAAAUCUAAUAGUGACGAAAAAAAUAAAGAAAAUGAUAUUCGCUCUCCUGAUGAUUUUUAUGUAGAAUGUCUUUUAGAUGGAAGUGAUGCACACUCAUAUUAUAUGGAUUAUAAUUAUAAUAAUUCAAAUGACAAUUUUAAUACAUUUAAUAAUAAUAAUACAGUACGACAAUAUAAUACUCGAAGUAGUAGAUAUAAUACAAAUGGAAUAAACAACUUUACUAGUAGCUGGAGAGAAUAUAGAGACGGAAAUGGUGAGCACAACAACCUUUUUACUAGUUCCGAUGAAGAUAUAACCGUGCAAGACGGUCUAAAAAAUGUUUCGAAAAAUAGUAACGAUGAUGACGUGUUUUACAUAUCAGAUGAUAAUACUCCCCUAUCUUCAACACCAAGACAAAAUAAUAUUAAAAAAAAAGUGAACAUUAAAAAUGGUGAAAGAAAAAAUAACGGUGAUGUUAUAUAUAUUUGUGAAAAUGGAUAUAAUGGGGAUCGAGAUAAAACAUAUCCAACACAAAAUAGAAAGAGAAAAGAUAAUGAAGGAGAUGAUGAAUAUUCAUAUAAAAAUAUAAAAAUAAAUGAAAAUGAUAGAAAAAAAAAAUCUCAAAAAAAAAAUAUAUAUGAAAUUGAUAAUGAAUAUUUUGAUAUAAAACAAGAUGGAAAUAAUAAAGACGAAAAAAAUGAUUUUAAUGACAAUUUAAUUAAAAAAAAUAUGGAUAAUAAUGAUAAUAUAAAUAAUAGUUUUGAAUAUAUAUCAAGUGUAUACAAUUUAAAUGAAAAAAAAUAUGAAAAUCGUUCAGAAAAAAAAUCUAAAAAAAGUAGUAAAAGAGAAAGCCCUGAUACACUUAAUUCAUGUUAUGACUCAUCCUCUAUAUAUUCUUUUCGAGUUAGCAAAAAUAAAAAAACUGAUAAAAAUUCAAAUGCUAGUAAUUAUUAUUUAAAUGAAACUCAAGACACAUCAAAUAAGGAAUAUAAUGAUAAUGUAGACAAUGGAGAAAAAAGUUUAACUAAAAAUAUAAAUAAUUCAAAUAAAUAUAAAGAAGAUUUUUAUAAUAACAAACAUGUUGAUAAUAAUACUAGUAAUAUAAAAGAUAAUCAUCAAAAUCGAAAUUAUAAAAAUAAUUCAGAAAACUGUGAAACACAAUAUGUAAAUGACAUAAAUUUCGAUUAUUCUUUUUCUUCAAAUAAAAAUGAUGAUGUAUUAAUUUUUAAUAACAAUACAAGUGAGCAUAAUAACAAUGAGGAUGUAUAUAAGUAUUACAUAAGUUGA